GAAUUGUGACUUCAGUGGAUGUAGUAGUGUCCGAAUUGGAAGAGUCACUUAACUCAAUUGAUUCAAGCUGGUUCGUGGCUCGACCAAAUCAACAGUCGAAUUGCAAAUAUCAUUUAAUCAGAUCCAAAAAAGAUUCUCCGAAGUAAUCAUGUCUCGCGUUCUGGUCGGAGUAAAACGUGUCAUCGACUAUGCCGUGAAGAUACGCGUCAAGCCGGACAAGACCGGUGUGGUUACCGAGGGGGUGAAACACUCGAUGAAUCCCUUCGAUGAGAUCGCUGUGGAGGAAGCGGUCAAGAUGAAGGAGAAAAAAAUUGCAUCGGAAGUCGUAGCAGUCUCGGUUGGCCCAGCCCAAUCGCAAGAGGUGCUCCGGACGGCUUUGGCAAUGGGAGCCGAUCGUGGAAUUCAUAUCGAGGUGAGCGGUAAAGACUACGAUCUGCUGCAACCGAUACACGUGUCGAAAAUCCUGGCCAAGCUGGCCCAAGACGAGAAAGCGGAUCUCGUCAUUCUCGGGAAACAAGCCAUCGAUGAUGAUUGCAAUCAGACUGCUCAGAUGACGGCGGCACUGCUCGAUUGGCCACAGGCUACGUUUGCGUCUAAGGUGGAGAAAACCGCUGACGGUUUGACGGUGGUGCGCGAGGUUGACGGUGGAUUGGAAACGAUCAAAACCAGGGUUCCGGCAGUAAUCAGCGCCGAUUUGCGUUUAAACACUCCCCGCUAUGCCACGCUGCCAAACAUCAUGAAGGCUAAGAAGAAACCAAUUAAAAAAAUCGCCCCGAAGGAUCUUGGGGUGGAUACCUCACCCAGAAUCGAAAUCGUUUCGGUUGAGGAUCCUCCAGUUCGCCAGGCGGGUUCCAUACUACCCGAUGUGGACACGCUGCUUGCCAAGUUGCGCGAGGGAGGACACAUUAAGUGAGAUGAGUCCCAACGAAUUUGAGUAGUUUUUUUACAUGUAUUUUUUGUUGUUAAUCAAGUGCAUUUUCCCCAUAUAAAAAGUAUCGAAAUAUAAUUUCCCUUUACAAUCGAA